ACUAUCAUAUCAAUCAAAUACCCAGAACUUUAAAACAAAAGUGCCUAACAAAAUGUGCGCGAAAUUCGUUUGUGUUGUGCUCGUGGCCAGCUUUGUGUGCGGCGCUUUGGCGUUGCCCUCGCAGGAUAACAGCGAAAAGGAUUUAGUCAACAUGAUCAACAAACUGGAUAAUGAAGAUUCUGUCUCACUGUUCGGCGGUCUCCGCAUCGAUCGCACGGAAGCAGGUCGCAGCUUCGGCUCUUCCAAGGGCAUUGAAUCGUUUGAGGAUCGUGCUGAACGUUAUCUGGAGACACAUGAACUGAAUCUUUCGUUCUCAGGCGAUGAACAAGAUGAGAAUGCUGAGAAUGUGUACAGCGGACGUGCCAUGGAGGAAUCACGCAGCAAGCGCAUGAAGAAGAUGCUGCUGCCACUGCUGUUGGCUUUGAAACUGAAGAAGGCUGUCGUCGUCAAGGUCAUGUUCACCAUCAUCAAGUUCAUCUCCCUGAAGGCUCUCGCCAUCUCCUUCCUUGCCCUCAUUCUGGCUGGUGCCACCUUCUUCAAGGAUCUGUUGGCCAAGAAGAAGGACCACAUCACCACUGCCUACAUCACCGGCAGCCCAUUGAACGCCGAGAUUGUGCACUCCGACUGGAACCGCAACGGUCAGGCUAGCGCCGCCGAUUUGGCCUACAACCAUUAUGGUCUGGCUCAGCCCUUCUAAGCUGAAAUAACACACAUGGAGUUCACUUCACUCUCUUGCACAAUCUAUCCAUCUGUCUAUCAAACAUCAUCUAUAUUUCCCAAUACUUAUCCCCACCUUUAACUCUGCUGCACUUUCCUUACCUUUCGAAUUUCCCCCACAAAGACUUCACAUUCUCUCCAUGGCUAAAUUCGUUGUAGUGUUGUAGUCAAUAAUUAUUUAGUUGUACUUAGUUAGUUAGCUGCGACAUACCAAAAACAAAAAAAAAAAAACUAAAAAAAAAAUGAAAAACGAUAUCCGAACAAUCAUCCACGACUUGGCUAGAACAGGACAAUGCACUCGGAACAAUGAAACUUAUUAUGCUUGCGCCAUAUUUAUUGCACAAUCAAUCAUGCUCUCUAUGCAGACAUGUAGCUCAGGUUUACCACAAGCAAAAAAGAAAAGAAACAAAAAUAAC